AUGUCGAUUUUGGUCGAUGAGAAUGGAAGACCGUACAAGGUUCAUCUUUGCAAGGUAAAUUUUUUUAAUUUUGGAAAAAAUGAUCAAAAAUCUGAAAUUUUCAGACAAGAUUUUGGCCAGAAAUCUGAAAAUUUGUACUUUGAAACUUUUUUAGCAAAAAAAUAGCUGAAAAUCUAGACAAAAUUCUGGAAAAAUGCCACGUCAUAGUCUCAAAAUUGUAUUUCUGGAAAUUUAUCAAAAAUCUGAAAUUUUCAGACAAGAUUUUGGCCAUAAAUCUGAAAUUAUGUACUUUGAAACUUUUUUAGAAGAAAAAUAGCUGAAAAUCUAGACAAAAUUCUGAAAAAAUGCCACGUCAUAGCCAAAUUUUUGCUCAAAUGAGAUUUCUGGCUAACAUGAGCAAUUUCUCUCUGCGUCUCUAACAUGCUUUCUAUCUCUAGAUUCUAUGGUCUCUGAAUCUAGAGAUAAAGAGAGAGUGAGAGAGUUAGAGACGCAGAGAAACAUGAGUCAUGUUAGCCAUGGCUUUUCACGCCAAAACACCUCGUGGCCGAGCUUUUUGAUUUUCUAGGCCAUCAGAAACUCUUCCAGAUGGCCUAGAUUUGGGUUUCUAGGCCACGAAAACCUUCUGAACAUUUUGCAGACAGACAUCGGCGCAAACUCGAACAAAUUCUACGACAUGGAACUCAUCCAGGAAACCCCCAAAAGUUUCAGUGUAAAAUUGAUUAAUGGUCGAAUUGGCUACAAAGGUUGCACGAAUUUCAAGAGUUUCGCGAACUCUGAAAAAGCUCGCGAAUUUUUCGAGAAAAAAUUCCACGAAAAAACACAUUUGGAUUGGACGGAAAGAGAUGAUGAACCGAUGCCCGGGAAAUAUGUGGUUGUUGAGUUGAAAAAGGAGGCGGAAGCGGAAGCGGAAGCGGAAACUCCGCAACCCAAACGCGCUGGAAAACGGCGCAAAGCUGAAAUUGUAGUAAAAAAAGAGGAGCCAGAAGAAGAAGAAGAGGAAGAUUCAGGAACCAAAAAAAUCGAGGAAAAUGUUCGCGAAUUUUUGAAAAAGAUUUGUGAUGAGGAUGUGCAUUUGGGAAUGUUGAAACAUUUGAAAUUUAAUGAGGAAUUUGGAAAACCGAUGGGUGAGUGUUUUUAG